AAUGUAAAAUUUCUUGAGGAUGGAAAGCUGGAAAGCUGGAUUUUAUAGCCAAAUUUCUUGAGGCUUGCCCUGAAUGCAUCACUGAUGUGACCAUUCAAGGCCAGACUGCCAUACAAAUCGCCGCUGAAACAACAACUUUGACACUUUGGAACUCCUAGUCUGUUGGUUUAGAAAGACCACCCAUAAGUACAGCGUCACGUGGAAGGAACAAGUUCUGAACAUGAAGGAUCGAGAAGGAAACACAGUUCUACAUAUAACUGCAUUCAAUAAUCACCUCCAGAUGGUAAAAUUGUUGCUAAAAAGUAACAUUUGCAAGAACGAAAUCAAGUUGAACGGCCAAUCAGCUAUGGAUGUGUUACAAGGGCAAGUCAACAACAACGAAACCGCUGACACUCUUCGUGGAGUUGGAUGUGUAGAAGCGGCAAGAAUUCUAGCACGUCGGACAUUAGCGGACUUGUUGAGAUAAAAAACGUCGUGGUUGGAAACAUUCCAAAGAAACAUGGCUCGUCAUAAUAUCAGAAACAUUCCAAAGAGACAUGGCUUGUCAGAAUAACAAGAUAUCUAGUGACAUGAGGAAUGCUAUGCUGGUAGUAGCUGUCCUGAUCCUAACAGCUAGCUACCAAGCAAGUCUUAGUCCACCUGGAGGUGUUUGGCAGGGUAACAUUGAUUCUGGUGGCAGUAGCACCACUGACAAAGGAAACAUUGAUUUUGGUGGGGUUAAUUUCAUUGAUCCCUGUAGCAGUAGCACCACCGACAAAGGAAACAUUGAUUUCAGUAACACCACAACCUUCAGUAGUGUAUCGCCUUUCACUAAGAGUAGUAAUAAGCUCAGGCUUGAAAACAAAAACCCUUUCUCUGGAGUUAGAAACAGAACCUUUCACUGACAGUCCUAACAAGGUCGGGUUCAACAACCAAAAAACCUUUCCCUGAAAAUUCGUAGUAAUAAGGUUGGUGUCAAAAACAGAAAACCUUUCACUGACAGUAGCAGUAGUGAUAAGGUUGGGGUUUCAGUCAUGUGAAACCCUGGUUUUGCUUACUUCUAUUCUAUAAAUGCUGCAACUUUCAUGGCAACGACCUGCCUAAUGUUUUUCCUGCUUCCUGAUGAAGCCAUAAAUCUGCUUACAAUACCAGUCCUAUUAUUCAUUCUCUGCUACUUGCUAUCAAUGAUAUACCUAGCUCCAUUUUCAUUUUGUACUUUGAUUUUCCCCUUUGUCCCUGCACUUUCUCCUAUCCUUGUUGCUACUGUCAUCUUCUUUAUUGUGUGUGCACCUAUGUUUUUGGACCUAUCUCUCCGAUCCCACAGGAGUUUGUUGUAAUCUUGAUGAAUGCUAAUGUUCCUCCUCAAAAUCAAGAAUUUUGUGUAUA